CUGUGUUUUAGGUUAUGUUUUCGAAACAUGUGCGUUAAGUCAAUUCUAAUGGUGAAAUUAACAUCGACUUAAAUAUAUUAAAUGGAUAAAAGAGCUGAUUAAAUUCUAUUACUAAUUAAAAAUGACGUCAGAAUUUGAAAUUGUAGUUGGAACUUACGAGCAAUUCAUUUUAGGAUAUAAAAUUGAAAAAACACAAGAGUCAAAAUGUGUUAUCAAACAAACCUUUGCAACAAAAUCCCACACUGGUUCAAUCCGUGCUGUUGCAUGCUGUGAAAGGUUCUUGGCUUCUGCUGGAUCCGAUGAUAGGAUAUUUAUUUAUGACAUGAAUACAAGAAAAGAAGUUCAAAUGCUUAUUCAUCAUUCUGGUACUGUCAACACCAUUGCCUUUACUCCAAAAGCCUCACAUAUUUUGAGUGGCGGUGCUGAUGGUGCUUUAGCUAUUGUCCGCACUGGAAACUGGCAAACAGAAAAAUUAUGGGGUAGUGCACAUAAAAAAUCAGCCGUUAAUCAUGUUGCUGUACAUCCAAGUGGAAAGCUUGCUCUGUCAAUUGGUGCAGAUCAUGUUUUACGGACAUGGAAUUUAGUUAAAGGAAGACAUGCUUAUGCAACUAACUUAUCCAGUCGUGGGCCUCAUGGUCUUCUUUUAGAUUCAAUUCAUUGGUCUAAAGAUGGUUCCCAUUUCACCUUAGCUGGUUCUAGGAAACUUGAUAUCUGGAGCAUAGAACACGCUGCAGUGAUUGACAGUCAAGAAUUAGACUCAAAAAUGACUAGUUGUUAUUGGAUUACUGAAACUAAAUUAGUUUGUGGAUUGGAAGAUGGUAAUAUAUUAAUAUAUGAUACAAAGAAUAAAUCGAAGCAUAUUGAAAAAGGACACAACUGCAGAAUUAAAUGUGUUGCUGGUAUUAAUAUGUAUAUUGUAACAUGCGAUAGCUCGGGUGUUAUAAAACUUUGGAUUAAUGAUGAUAAUGACGAUAUUCAAGAAAUGUGUUCAACCAAUGCUUCCUGUAGAAUAACAUGUAUCACUUUGGUUGAUAACAGAUGCUUAAAAAAAGAGGAAGUAGAAAAUAAGGUAGAAUUGAAUGUGUUACAAAAUGAACAAAGUAGUGACAAUGAGUCUUUAAAUAUGGAAAAUGAAAAUAAACCAAAAAAUCUUAAGAAACGAGGGCAGGUUGUUAUUAUUGAGGAAGAAAUAAAUGAAGUUAAAAUAUCUACUAAUGAAAAUGAAGGUAAAAGAAAACUUAAGACCAUUGAAAUUGAAGAAAAGGCUGUACCACAUAAAAAACAGAAAAAGAAGAAAUGCGAUUCAACUAUAAGAGAUGAAGCUGAACAAGAAUUUGAGCAAGAGUCCAAAUUAUCUGAAAAUUUGGAUUCAGACAUAGAUCAGUCAAGUGAGAAGGUUUCAAAGAAACAGAAAAAAAAGAAAUCUAAAAAUGAAAAGAAAACUAAAAUAGAUACAGAAGUUCAAUCUAGUAUACCAAGAGAAAAUACAUUUACUAUAGAAAAUGUUAACGGCAGAAAAAAAUCAAAGAAAGAUCGCAACAUACAAAAACAGUCAUUUGAAAGCGAAAUAUCACAUAGUACGAAUGUUGAGGAACAUAAAGUAAAGAAAAAGUGUAAGCCAAAUUCAGUUCAAAGUGAAGAAAAUGCUGAAAGUUUGUUGGAAAUAUCUGAAAUCAAGAAAUCUAAAAAAAAGAAAGCAAAAACUGUUGAAAAUUCAAGUAUAGAAUCCACUGAAGCAGAACAAAUAUCAAAUAUGCCCAUAAAAAUAAAGAAAAAAAAGCGUAAAAUGCUAGAAGAUGUUGAAUCAAAUAAUGAAAAUGAAAUUACAAAUGAUAUAGAUUUGCCUAUUAAAGUGAAAAAGAAGAAAAAGGAUAAAAAAAUGUAUUAGUAUUUAACAUUUAUUGGAUAAAUGUAUAAAGAAUUUAUUUUUUUAGGUAACUUUAAAUUAAAUAUUCUUAUUUCUAUAUGAAAAAAAUUAUACUACUGGAUAACGACAAUAUGAGUGACCCUCAAUAGCUUCUUCUGGAACCCAUUCUUCAUUUAUAGGUACCUUAUCACGCACGGCUUCUACCUAUGAAAUAAAUAGUAUAUUUAAAAACUAAAUUAAGCUGAAUUACUACGGUAUUCAAUUGUUGAUACCUCUUUCAAUACUCUAACCAAAUUUCCGCCAACCAGUUUUUUUAUGGCAAUGUUUCCUAUAAUGAUGAAACAAAAUGUUAAUUUGUAUUAAUGCCAUUUAUAUGUUAAUAUGACUUUGUAAAUUCAGAUUCAGAAAUUAUAAUUAUACUACUAUUUACCUAAUAAAUGACUGUAAACUUUGUUUAUGUGAUUAUAUGUUGUAAUUUAUUAUUAAAAAUUAUAUCAUAAUGGCUGUGUCAUUCACAAAUUGUUGGAAGAUCAGAAAUCAACUAUGCACUAGCAAACUAAACCAUACUUAAUAUCAAUUCAUGCUUUUUCAAUCUAUAUAAUUGUACACUAUGUGGCAUAGGAAUGUUUUUUGCUUCUUGUACUAAUAAAC